AUGGAUUCCACUUUGGUUAUUUUCAAGGUGAUAUGUUCUAACGAACCCGCAGUAUUGCGUCGCCUUACAUUUCCAAAGAUAGCUGACAUUUCCUAUCAAGCUUUAUACUCAAAGUUGUCACAACUUCAAAAGACUAAUAGCUUCAAAAUUCGGUAUACGGAUGAGGACGGUGAUGCCAUUACUAUUGACAAUGACCUUGACUUACGAGAAGCUAUAGAACAUAAUAAGUCUCUUUCUAAGGAUAGCUCUCGUCUUGUUAUCAAGUUGAUUUUGGAAGAAGUAAAACCUUCCCCUAUCAAUAAGGAACUUCCGGAGUUACCAAAACAUAUUUCUCUCGAUAGUGAUCCAGACAAAGUACCAACCUCCAACGAAAAAAAUGCAAUCUACAAUGAUUUCCAUGAAUAUCUGUUCGAAAGUGUACUAAACCCGGGAAUCAAAAAUUUACAAGACAUAGUACAGAACAUUGUUACUCAAGUUGGCAGUACUCUCGAAAGAGAGUUUGUUAGAGAUUCAUUAAAUCUAAAUUUAAAUAAAUCCAUGAAAUCUCAAUCUCCAGAAUUUAUUAUUGAUCCCACUGAAGAUACUAAGGACACUACCAAAUCGUCAAGUUCAUCAUCGACUAGUGAAACUCGUCAAGUACAAACGCAAGAAUCACACAUAUCUUCAGAUCCCGUUGUUCAUGAGGACGUUAUGUGUGAUUGCUGUGAACAGAUUAUUCGUGGUGUGCGCUUGAAAUGCGAUGACUGUCCAAACUAUGAUCUCUGUCAAACUUGCAAAAACAAAUCUCCGAGUAUCCACGCAAAUCAUACUUUCAUACCCAUUCCUUAUCCUGUAAAGAAUCGCCAUCGUCCUCCUCGUGUAUCUGCAAAUAUUGGUAAAGUUGGAUCGAACUAUCACUCUGCCACUUGUGAUUAUUGUGAGUCAGUAAUCAUAGGCAUUCGUCAUAAAUGCAUCAAUUGUCCAGACUUUGAUUUGUGUAACAAUUGUAUCGCUCUUGCUCCAACUCAACAUCCGGGUCAUACUUUCAUGAAAAUUCACAGAGCCGGUGAUCCUGACGUUAAAAUUCCAGAUUCUGCAUUCCACCCUGGCAUUAGAUGUGACGGUUGUAGAAAAGCUAUUCAUGGUGUCAGAUAUAAGUGUGGUAACUGCCUUGAUUUUGAUUUGUGCGGAAAUUGUGAGGCGAAUCCCAUCAGCAAGCAUGAUGAGAAUCACGUUUUUAUAAAGAUCAAAAAACCCGUGUCACAGCGACUUCGAACAGAUGCACCAUUAUUGCAUGACUUUUACUCAAAAGUUGAACAAAAGACCGGUCGUUCUAAAGACUGCAAACAACAACCUCAAUCAAAUAAUGUUCAUAAAGAGAUGGAAUCCGUACCAAGACAAACAUCCUUGGUCAAUUCUAAUUCUGAUGCAUCGAACUCAAACCCUUUCAUUCCUUUAACCAGACCCAUUGGUAGUGAAGACACUACUCGUGCACCAAUCGAUUUAUAUAACUAUCCUUUAGGAGCUAAACCAACUGUCUCAUCCUCGUCCCACGAAAAGCUUGCGAAAGAAACAAUUCAAACCCAGGCUUCCCCAGUCACUCCUUAUUCACCUUUACCUUUAUCAAAUGUAACUACUAUUACCUCUCAAGAUGAAGCUUGUGAUGUUCCAUUUAAGAUUUCUGAAGAAAUCACUACUGAAAAGAGAUUAAGUGCCAGAUUUGUUAGCGAUGUUAAUGUUCCUGAUGGCACUACUUUAGUCCCUCAAGCUCAAUUCCGUAAGGUGUGGGCCAUGUCUAAUGAUGGUGAUAUUGUCUGGCCUGAAAAUACUAUGGUACGAUUCGUUGGUGGUCAUCGCAUGUUCAAUGACUCGUUACGAUCCGAUCAAAAUGGCGAUUAUGGUUCCAUAGUUGGUUCAUUAGAACCUGGCAAAAACGUUUAUGUUUCUGUAGAUCUUCAAGCUCCUGCUGAACCUGGAAAAUAUAUCUCAUUUUGGCGUUUAACUGAUAAUGAAGGAAAUCUAUUUGGACAUAAGAUUUGGUGUGAAAUUAAGGUUGAAGCUGAUGACCAAUCAUCAAGCAUGUCAUCUUCAAUGAUUUUCCCCGUUUUGAAUUAUGAUCAAAAAUCAACUCAAUCUGCAGCCAGUUCCGUUCAAUCACCAGUUUCUACUAGUGAAGAUGAUAAAGUCAUUGUUUCAUCCCAAAAUUCCGUAAAAUCUACUGCUACUGAAUUACAAACCGAGAUUGUAGAUCUCGAAAAUAACACUACUGUUUCUGAUGGUUUUAAAGAUGAACCGACUAAAGAAAUAAUGUAUCAAGAAGAAAUUUCUAAAUUAGCCGAUAUGGGUUUCACUGAUACCGAAAUGACAUACAAUCUUUUACUUGCUUUUGAUGGUAAUAUUGAUAAAGUGAUCGAUUCAUUUAUGCAAUGGGAAUAA